AUGACAGCAUCAACAAUGCCAGCAUCAACAGCAACAGCAUCAACAACAACGCUAGCAUCAACUACGACAGCAGGGACAACAACGGCAAAAGCGGGAACAACGACAACCCAAGGAACAAGCUCCUCAAACAGCCUAUCAAUAAGAAAUAAAUGUAUGGCAACAAUCAUAUUAAUCAUAGCACAAGCUUUUCUCGUCCGUGCAUAA